GUGAUAGGCCUAGCUUUGGAGAAAGACUAAACAAAAAGCAACAGGAAAUGAGAGCUCAUCGAAAAAGUUUCCAAGAAAUAAACCCUCUAAAAAUGCAAGAUUCUUUCAGGUCUCAGUUCGACCUUGAAAUAUCAGGAUCUGGGACAAAAGAUUAUUCAAACUGCAAAGGAACCUCAAAAUGACUGUUUAGCAACAGGAAAAGUAUGUCCAUAAUUGACUCAGAUCUGGAUAACAGUGUGAUUGCCAAGAUAAAGAAUGAUAUCUCUCUGACUAGCUCGAUUGUCCGUGGAGGCAAUAAGAUGACCUCCUAUUCCUCAAAUAUUUCAAUUAAGCCGAAGGCUGAUAGCAGUACCUGCCAAAAUAAAUAUUACGACAAGGUAGCAAAUCAGUCAAAAAGUAUCUUCAAUAAGAACAUUCAUUACAAUAUUGAAACUGAGAGGGCUGCUAACUCUAGCUCGAUACAGACAGAAGUCUCAGUGAUUUCAAAGUCAUCAAUAAACCUUGGAUGUCUUGGAAAGCAUAGACAAAAGGGCCUCAAAAUUAAAAGAAGCAGUCGCCAAGCCAACAUUGAUGUGGUAUCAGCCUUUGAAGAUAAGGAAAACAUCAUUCAAAAUAAUGAGCAGUCUUAUGACGACUUCCAGUCACGCAAGGUUCUUCUUGAAGGACUUAAAUCGAAAUACAAGAUCAUAGGAAGCAGUUUAAAAUCGAGCAAAAAUAGCCCAACAAAGUGUUCCGCGAAGCGGAAGAGCUCCUUCCUCAGCUCUGCUUUUGUGGAGAAGCUCAAGAUUGAUGUCAAUAUUGACCAUAACAAGGAAAAUGAUUACGAUUGUAACAAAUUAUUCAUUAAGAAAAAGUUGAGGAGCAAGAUUAAGAGAAAGUCUAACUUCAAGAACAUCCUCACUCAGAUCUCCUCAAAAGCUGAGAAUUAGGGGCUAGAGAUCCUAGUCUCAAAUCUCAAAUUUUGUCUAAAAGACCGGUUC